CCGGCAGUGGAGAUCCAUGCAGCGACUACAUUGUACUAAAUGAGGCAUGGAGAAACGUCCAAGUGAACGAUGGUAACACCGAUCGGUGUGAUAACGGGUUUGCCGGAGAGUGGUACCGCUUCAUGGAGCCAGCGGGGACCGCCAUGCCCACAGAAGUGCCCCCGACCUGGAAUAGAUGCGGCACCAAUGCCCCGAUGUGGAUGAACGGACAACUCCCCACCCUUGCUGACGGUGAAGUGUCCCGCCAGGCGUGUGCCUACUGGGAAGAUAACACCUGUAACUGGCAAGCCACCAUCCAAGUGCGGGCCUGCGACGCCGGCUACUUCGUGUAUAAACUACCCGCCACUCCCAACUGCAAUAUGGUCUACUGUGGGGCGUCGCCAGUAGAUCCAUGCAGCGACUACAUUGUACUGAAUGAGGCGUGGAGAAACGUCCAGCAAGUGAACGAUGGUAACGAGGAUCGGUGUGAUGACGGCUUUGGCGGAGAGUGGUACCGCUUCAUGGAGCCUGCCGGAACUGUCAUGACCACAGAAGUGCCCCCGAGCUGGAAUAGAUGCGGCACCGAUGCCCCAAUGUGGCUGAACGGACAACUUCCCACCCUCGCUGACGGCGAAGUGUCCUACCAGGCGUGUGCCUACUAUGAAGGUGACACCUGCGCCUGGUCAGCUACCCGACAUGUCCGAGUGCGGGCCUGCAGAGCCGGUUACUUUGUGUUUAAACUAUCCGACACUUCCACGUGCAAUCUUGUCUACUGUGGGGCGUCGGUAGGUGAGUAA